CGACAAUUAUGUAUAAAAACUCAGAACACAAAUUUAUUGUUUAUUUUUGAAGUUGAAGUAAAAAAAAAACGUGUUUUAUGUUUUAUGUAAUUACUGUGAUAAAAAGUUUUAAAAUGAAACAGCUUAGUUUAUACGGUGUAUUUUUUUCAUUACUAUAUUAUUCGUCAAAAGCAGCUAAUGUACCCUUGCAAAAUGGACGAAUAACCCAACAAUUAGUUAAUAGUAGUCCUUAUUCAAUACUCGUUGGAAAGAUGAUAACAACUAAUACAUUUACUCCAGUUAUAGCAUACCAGAAGCAAUAUCAAAUUAAUAACAAAGAAACCACCGUAGCCAAAAUAUCUGACGAAUCAAUUAUGAAAAUAAAUAAUAAAACCAUACUAUUGGUUCAAAAUAGAUCAUCAACAGAAACAAAUUCAGACAAUUUUAGUAAUUUAUCUGUACUAGAGCAAUUAAAUAGAUUGAAACUAAUUGGAAUUAAUGUUUUUAACUCUUUAUAUAAUUUUAAUGAUGAAUUCAUAAAAAAAAAUCAACAGCUAAUUGAACAACAAAAUUCGAAAUUGUGUUGUAUAAACGGUAAUUGUACGAUGCAAAAUAUUUUCGUUAAAUGCAACAACCAGACCUUAAUUGAUAAAACAUUCCAAAAAAAUUUAAUCACACCUAAGGAGAAAAAUGAGUUUGAUGAUUUAACGCUAAGUCCUACAGAAAUAUCAACAACCGUCGUAAAGUUAUAUUCACGCGAAAAUGAAAAUUCUGAUAAUUUAAACCAAAAUAAAUCUAUUUUAAAAACUGAAGUACCAACAGUAGACUUACCGGAUGAUGAGGUAGAAGGUAUUCGAAAAGAAAUUUUAUUAGCUACCAACAAUUAUCGUGAAUCACAUCAGUGUGAUGAUUUAUUAAUCGAUAAAGAAAUAAACGAUUAUGCACAACAAUGGAGCAAUUAUCUAACGACUUCUUAUACUUUUCAACACAGAGAACAACCUCGAAAAUAUGGUGAGAAUUUAUUUAAGGUUUUUUCUAAUUAUUCUAUCAACAUCGGUCUAGAAGCUGUUAAAAGUUGGUACAAUGAAAUUCUAAUUGAUGAAGGAUAUAAAUUUAACGGUGACGAAAAAGAAAUGUCGAAACAAUCAUCUCUUCAUUUCACUCAACUAAUAUGGAGAAGUUCAAAAAAAAUGGGAGUAGGCGUAUCUAAAUCAAAAGAUGGUUGGUAUAAUAUUGUAGUAAACUAUUGGCCACCAGGUAACAUAAUUAACAUGUUCAAAGAAAAUGUUUUUCCAAGAGUUGAAAAUAAAUAAAUUAUUAGCUGAUUAUUUUAUUAAAUAAUAUUUUUAAAUGCGUUGCAAAAUAUUUAAUAUUUUUUCAUUUUAAAUUAUAUUUUUAUUAUAAUUUUAAUUUUACACAAACUAUUAGUAUACUAUCAACCAUUAAUUAA